AUGGCGCCCGCAAUUCUGACUCAGCGCCCAAGGAUACUCUGUCUGGACGCAUAUGACUCGUUUUCCAACAAUAUAGUCGCGCUGGUCGAACAGAAUGUAGACGCAGAAGUCGUCAAGAUCUUUAUCGACGACCCUGUUCUCGCAAAACCAUCAGCUUCCGGGGACUAUUCAGCAUUUACCGACUAUCUGAAGGGCUUCGAUGGCAUCAUUGCUGGGCCAGGACCUGGUUGGGCUAAAUGCGACGAGGAUGUUGGUUUGAUGAAAGAACUUUGGAGACUGCGAGACGAACAGAUUGUCCCUGUGCUUGGCAUAUGUCUCGGCUUUCAAUCGCUUUGCCUUGCAUUUGGGGCUGAUAUCGAAAGACUCAACGAGCCAAAGCAUGGUAUCAUCACGGCUAUCCUACACAAGAGCCAAUCCAUCUUCCGAGGCGUGGAGAGCCUUCUGGCUACCCAGUAUCAUUCUUUGCAAGUCAAACUCGAUCAUCCCAUCCAAAACAAGCGCGCUGUACGGUAUCCUGCACAACUCUGGGAGCCUACGGAAACCUGUCCCCAACUGGAGCCGCUGGCAUGGGAUUUUGACAGUGAUCUUAAUGGCGCCGUGCUCAUGGGCGUGAAACAUAUACAGAAGCCAUUCUGGGGUGUCCAGUUCCACCCAGAGUCAAUCUGCACAAACGAUGAGGGCAAGCGCAUCAUUCGGAAUUGGUGGGAAGACGCCCAAUCCUGGAACCGGAAACGUAUGUUCCGGAACGUUCCCAAGCAUGGUUUGAUGCCAAACUUGCCAUCUUCGCCAAUGACUGCUGAUGAUUUCCGACGAGAGCUGGGCGUUUACGACGCCAGGAAACAGAGCAAGCGUUCUUACACAGACUUCGUCGCAAAACUCGAUAGCGACACAAUAACGCCAUUUGAGCUUGCUUCGCUCAUCGCACACGGAGACGGACAGUCAUUGCCAGACUUGCCACCGAGCACCGUACAUUGCGCAACUACUGGAAGCGGAAGACUUACAGUAGCGGACGCUUGUGAGUUGUUCGAAUUGACAAGAGGCGAAGCUAUAGUGUUGGAGUCAGGGUUACAGUCGAAUCUGGUGCCUAUGGCUGUGGGUACGGGUCGGUACAGCAUCAUAGGUGUCGUCAUUCCCGAGGAAACUCUACGCCUACAUUAUUACGCAGGCACCCGAAGGAUGGAACUCCGAGACGGCAAAGGCCAGGUACAUACCGAUUGGACUGUAUCUGACCCAUGGCCCUACGUGAGGGAGGUCAUGAAGAGCCUUCAGCCUUCAACACCGCCAAAAGGCUCAACAUGGGCUCCUUUCUGGGGAGGUCUUAUGGGCUAUGCGUCUUACGAGGCCGGCUUAGAGACAAUCGAUGUUCAUGGUCACGAAGAAGCUUCGUAUCCGGACAUUUGCUUCGCUUAUAUAACGCGAAGUAUCGUGUUUGACCAUCAGUUCAAGAAGAUCUAUGUCCAGAGUAUCCGCGGACCAUUCGACCAAGACUGGGUUAUUGACACAACGGAGAGACUGUAUGAACACGCAGGUUUCAAGUCGCGUGAAACUACUCCAAACUCUGCAGCAAUGAGACAGGCGGACCCUUUUGAGGCUCACGGCACAAUGCACCAAUACAUCGACUCAUGUGUUCAGCUCACUGUUGGCGAAACCGAGUACUGCAAGAAGGUCAGUGCUUGCCAGGAUGCAAUAGCAGACGGUCAGAGUUACGAGUUGUGCCUCACGCAUCGCAACGAAAUCCGUGCUCGCAAGCCAACAGCCUGCAAAAUCUCUCACGCAGAGGACAAUGAACACUCCUGGAAUCUCUACAAGCGCUUGACCGGCCAAAACCCUGCGCCUUUCAGCGCCUACAUGAGGAUGCACAACGUACACAUACUCUGCUCCUCACCAGAACGAUACAUAAGCUGGGACCGGUCGCAAACUGCACAGUGUCGACCAAUAAAGGGAACAGUUCAAAAAAAACCUGGCGUGACUGCUGAGAUGGCCCAUGCUAUCCUCUCAUCCUCAAAGGAACGCGCAGAAAAUCUCAUGAUUGUGGAUCUUACUCGCCACCAGCUUCAUGGCGUAUAUGGCUCCGAAAACGUCCGAGUAAGCCAGCUCAUGGAAGUUGAAGAAUACGAAACGCUCUGGCAACUGGUCUCAGUCGUCGAUGCAGUGCCUAGCGGGAUCUACAAACCCACCACUCCAGAAGAUUGGGAAGAUCCUGUAGAAUACGCUUCCAAGAAGCCCGCCAAGCAAUCCGUUCCUUACCUAGGAUUCGAUGCGUUCGUCGAAAGUCUGCCCCCAGGUAGCAUGACUGGCGCACCCAAGAAGCGGUCUUGCGAGAUUCUUCAGGAUGUAGAAGACGGCGCAAGACGAGGCAUAUACUCAGGUGUGCUCGGUUAUCUCGACGUCGGAGGCGGCGGUGACUUCAACGUCGUCAUACGCACUGCGAUCAAGAUUGAUGACGAACAAAGUGAAGAAAAGGGAGACGUCUGGCGUAUCGGCGCUGGAGGAGCAGUCACCAGCCAAAGCACUCCACAAGGCGAAUUUGAAGAAAUGAUUGCUAAAUUUGGCAGCACUAAGAGAGCCUUCAUGCCUUUGCCGCCACCGAAGCCGAAGACAAAGAACAGAAGGGUCGAAAUCAUUGAGCCUGAUGACCCAGAGUUUGCGGAGCUGCUGGCGAGUAUGAGGGGUGGGGAGGAAUUGACGCUUGACGAUGCGCAGAUCAUGUUGAGGGCAGUGGAACGCGAGCUAAGGAGAAGAAACGCUGCUGGCGAGAGCGAUGAUAUUACGGAAGUGGAAUGA